AUGCAGGUGGGUCCAACCAAAAGCUCUGGCCAAAAAUCCUGGUCCGGAGAGAAAGGAACAAUGCAGGUGGGCCACCAAGCCGCAAAAGCAACCUCCUGUCCGAAAAAAGAGGAAGGCCCAAUGCCUGGGGUGGGUCCAAACAAAGCUCUGCAAAAUCCUGGUCCGAAGAGAAACGGCCCCAAUGCUGGUGGGCCCGCCAAACCAAGCUCUGCAAAAUCCUGGUCCGAAGCAGAGCCCAAUGCUGGUGGGCCAAACCAAAGCUCCGCAAAAUCUGGCCCCCCUGAAGCCCCAAUGCUGGUUGGGCCCAAACCCAACCUCUGCAAAAAUCCUGGCCUGGGGAAAGAACCGAGGGAAGGCCCAAUGGCCAAAGGUGGGCCAAACCAAAGCUCAGGCCAAAAUCCUGGUCCGAAGAGAAGGCCCAUGCUGGUGGGGCCCAAACCCCAAAGCUAA